AUGUUUUGUGUACGAUUUUUCAUCAUGCUGUGUAUGGUAUAUCUGAAUACACAUCGGGGGAAAAUAAUGGCAGAUAGUGCUUCUGAAUUAGAACUCGAAUCUGAUGCGAGUUCCGUUGAUGGUACCAAAGACUCAUUGGUUACAAAUGAACAGAUUUUACGACGUAUAGAAUCUUUACAGCAAGAAAAUCGAGUUUUAAAAACUGAGGUAGAAACUUUGAAACUCAAGAUCAAAGGUCUGAACGACUUAAAUCAGCAACUGAGGCGUAAUAGUGUUAGUAUAGAAGAAGAAUGUCUUACCAAUGAGCUUAAUCGUAAAUUCACACAACUCAGACAAGAAAAAGUUGCACUGGAGCGUACUUUAGCUCGCGAACAAGAAAAUCAGGUCAGCAAAUUAAUGAGAAGAAUCGAAAAACUAGAAACAGAUAUGAAUCACAAACAGGAUUGUUUGGAUCGCUUACGCAGAGAGAAAAUUGAAUUAGAGAAUGCACUUGAGCAGGAACAGGAAGCUUUAGUGAACAGAUUAUGGAAAAAGAUGGAAAAGCUUGAAUCUGAAAAGAAAAUAUUACGAGAGAAACUGGAAUCCGUUGGAGCUCCACUGCCCAGCCUUUCAAGUGCCCAAAACCUUGCCAGUAUUUCAGAUGGUAUACCUAAUAACAGUUCAACAGUUCCCCGUCCUAUCAGUAGUGGACCCGGUAGUCUUCGUAGCUCUUUCAGACAACACAGCCACCUACCGCAUACUUCAUCUAGUUCAAUUGGUGCCUCUUUUUCUGCUGUUACGUGUCCUGUUUCUCCUGGUAGAAUAUCUAUCUCAUCCGGUAGUGAGGAAAAAGCUCCCCAAUCAAGUCAGUGUUCUUCUAUCCCCAACGAUUUGACUUCGAAAUCCAAUGUAUCUGAAUGUAAUGGCGCACCAUUUACACUACCACCUCAAAGUCCUAUGGAUAUCGAUGCAUUGGAUCCUAAUGCAAGUGGUGCAGCUAGUCCAUGUGGAAGUGUUGGUCUGCAAUCACUCCCAACUACUCCAAGUCACUCACACUCUUUAAGAAGUCCUUCAACACCUUGCGCUGUGCAUAAAGUGGUCAUUUCUCAAGAGUCGUUUACCCCUAAUCAGUCAUCAGAUGUCGUUCUUAGUACUUCUGCUCAUGUGAUUUCGACAUCAUACGUUAAUCGAUUGCGUGAUGAAGUUUGUCGUCUACGCCAAUUACUUCAACGCUAUGAAGCGGAGUCUGCUUGUAAGAUGCCUCAGUAUGAAUCAGAGGAAAAAUCAGUCGCUGAGGAAAACCGUCGUUUGCGAAAAUUGCUUCAAGUUGAAAAAGAAAGACGUGAGGCAUUGUCUAGACAUUUGAGUGAAAGCGAAUCAAGUUUGGAAAUGGAAGAUGAAAGACAGUUUAAUGAAGCUAGUCGUUCCACUCGCUUAAGGACGAUUUCUGAUUGUACAUCUCCAUUUCAACCCCCUGUUCCUGCUCCUUGGACGUCUGGUGGUGGUACAUCUUCGUCAUUGUAUGGUCCUGGCCAUGCAUUUGCUGUUGCUGUAGCUGCUGGUGUGAGUGGUCAUUCAGGUACACGAGUUUGUCGGGAAUGUGGUCAACCAUUAAUUAGUCCUUUUUCGACUGAUUCUUCAUCUGUAACAAGUGGUCGGUUAGUCUCAACUUCAUUGCAUAAUCCUAACCAUGUGGUGAGCUUACGUAAUUGUUCUGGUCGUUGUUGCUCUCCAAUCAGUAAUGUAAACACUUCAGAGGCACAUUCAGUUCAUACUUCAAACUCUCCUUCUACACCAACAACAUCAUCUUUAAAUAGUGAUCAUUUUGUAAAGCCAACUUACCCAGCUGCUGUAAGUCCACAACAAAAUCCUUACUAUUAUCAUACAAUCCCUUCUUUAUCUGCUGAUAAUAGUCGGAUAUCUUCAUCAGAGAAACGAUUUUCAACUUAUUCAAUUGAUGAUAAAGAUAUUAUUCAAAAACCAUUAGAUUUAGAAGAUGGGGAUGAAGAAGAUGAUGCUCGAUGCAUUACACCUCCAAGUUGUCAUAAUUAAUCAUUGAAUUCGAAACCUUUUUUCGUGUGUACACAAGCACCCACUACAUGAAGUGUAUUUUAUCACUUUCUACUCACUUUUGAUGUAAACGUUUUCUGUGUGUGUGUGUAUGCUGUUUUCAUUUAAACCUUCAUUCCUUCUCUCAUGUUACAUACUUAUGUAACAUACCUUUCAAAUUUGUGUAUAGCUUCACUAAGCACUAUUUUUGUGUUAUUUUCGCGUUCUUCAUCAAAUCUCGACUGUUCGAUUAUUUUUUUAUAAAGAUAUCAUUGGUGAUGAUAAUUAUGCCUAAACACACAUAAGUAUAAAAAAUGGGUUUUUCCUGAGGGAAAUAGAAAAUUUCCAUAUCUAUUUCAUCAUAGCUUAUGACAAUAAAUUUAACGUUGUUGCACUGCGUCCUGCUAUUUAUUUCG